AGGACCUGCAAAGGGUGUCUUUGGAAAUACGGUAUCCGAAGAGACAUAAAUUUGAAACCAAGGCUGUCUCUCUUAAAGCAGAGCAUUUGGUUACCUUCAUUAUGGCACUCAUACAGACUGAUAUUUAAUCUGAAAUUUCUCCCUAAUUCCUGAGCAGCACCCAUUCAUUUGUUAUUAUAGAUAAGGACCCCUAACUGGAGGGAACUGGGUUAUGUAAAGGUUGGUUGCUAAGAAACAAGGGAGAUGCAGUAGGUAUGGCAGGGGUUGCUUAGUAACAAGGAGUCCCUUGGUGUUAGAGUGGCCAAGGCAGGUCUGGAACAGAUGAGGGUCUGCAGACGGUCAGCCCACACCAGAAUCUCCUGAAAGUGCGUGUCUGAUGGCCCCUGCAGUCCAAGCUGCCAGAAACUGCAUCUCUUCAGCUUCCUGGCACUAUCUUACAUGAAAAGUACAUCCCGAGUCGCUGUGUAUCCUCAGUGACCCUUUUCUCCAACCAUUCCUUCCCUCCCACCUCCGCAGGAAACAGAUCACACUCCUAGAUUCGGGACCCCACAGGGCUCCUGGGCAGGCAAAUGGGAAUCUCACACUGGGGGGAGGCAGGAGCCUCUGGGCUCACAUUGAUGUGGAGCUGGGAAAUUUGGGGUCUUGGCGAAAGAGGAUCCCCUACACAAGCAUCUCUCCUGUAUUUCCAGUUCAUAGACAGUGUCUGCAUAUGUGAGUCUCCCACGCCAGGUCCUCACCCUGCCUUCACACUUGUGCAGACCUACCCCUACCCACACUUGCGAAAGCCUACCCCUUUCCUUCCUGAGGGUGUCCUGAGGGCAUGGGUCUGCACCCUGCAGCCUGGUGUGGGGCUGCCUUGUCUGUCUCAGGCUCCUCACAGCCUCUAUGCAAUUAGCUUCACUUCAGCACAGCCUGGUGAGGACGUUAUGCAGGCGCUCAGAACCUUGGUCUACUUUCUCUGGCAUGUUGCAAGUGCUCAGUGCUUGGUCGUGGAAUGAAUGGGAAGAUAACCCUGUCUGCUGAAUGGGCCAAGUUCAGCAGGAAGCAGAGACAGGAACUGGCCUCCAUGCUCCCAACAGUGGCCUGCAUCCACAGAGGCUUGUUCCGUUCCUGUGCUGGACUCUCUGUGCGCAUGAUCAGCAGGGGGAUAGGCCAAAAGGGCAUCCUGGCCAAUCGGGUGGCCGUGGUCACGGGGUCCACUGAUGGGAUCGGCUUUGCCAUCGCCAGGCGCCUGGCCCGGGACGGGGCCCAAGUGGUGGUCAGCAGCCGGAAGCAGCAGAAAGUAGACCGGGCAGUGGCGGCGCUGCAGGGGGAGGGGCUGAGCGUGGUGGGCACCGUGUGCCACGUGGGGAAGGCCGAGGACCGGGAGUGACUGGUGGCCACGGUCGUGGAGCACUGUGGGGGUCUCGACUUCCUGGUGUGCAGUGCAGGUGUCAACCUGCUGGUGGGAAGCACUCUGGGGGCCAGUGAGCAGGUGUGGGACAAGAUCCUGGAAGUGAAUGUGAAGGCCCCGGCCCUGAUGCUGAGCCAGCUGCUGCCCCACAUGGAGAAGAGGGGGAGGGGGGCGGUCAUCCUGGUCUCCUCCAUUUCAGCAUAUGUACCACAUGUGGAGCUGGGUCCCUACAACAUCAGUAAGACAGCCCUGCUGGGCCUCACCAGGACACUGUCAUUGGAGCUGGCCCCCAAGGGCAUCCGGGUGAACUGCUUGGUUCCAGGAAUAAUCAAGACUGACUUCAGCAAAGUGGCAUACAAGAAUGAGGUUUUCUGGAACAACUUCAAGGAAGAUCACAAAGUUCAGAGGAUUGGGCAGCCUGAGGACUGCACAGGACUUGUGUCCUUCCUGUGCUCUCCAGACGCCAGCUACAUCACCGGCGAGAACAUCGCGGUGGCCGGCUUCUCCUCUCGUCUCUGAUGGAGCUAAGGGGGUCUGGGCCUAGGAGCCUGGGGCUCAUGAAGAUCUGAAGCUCUGCCAGACAAUAAAGCUGGGGGCUUGUUUGUGCCAGGCUCGAGGAAGGACCCCCAGUAUUCUCAUCUGCGUGACUGUUGUUGAUUUAGCUGCUGUGAUUCGACCAACAUGUGGGUUCUUGGUGUGGGGCUGUGGAGCUGACUGAGUUCAUGGGGCUGGCACUUCGGAGGAACCGUAAGGGAAAGGAACAGAGACUCCUCUGGCAGCAGGCCCCUGAUGUAUGCUGGCUUCUUCUCUCUGCCUCUUGUGCUUUAAACAUUUUUUUCCCCAAAUAAACUCAAAUUUAUCCUCGAGCCUGGAAACUCCUGGUAAGGGCAGAGCCAAGGGGAAUGAGGCUGAGUACAGGCCUCUCCUGUCUCCUGACUUCUGCCUGAGCGUGUUCACAGACCCAUGGUGGUGGUCAGUGAGUGUUCACAGCAGGCUCUGCUCCAUUCUCUGAGCAGGCUGGUGGGAGUGGCGGGAGUGGCAGGAGGGAGUGGGAGAAUUCUGGAACUCCCGUCGGGAUUCUCCAGGCUAGCGGUUCUUAAUGUUUUCUGGGCCAUACAGGCCUUUGAGACCCAAAGAAAACCACCAAAUCUUGCAUACGAUUCCAGGUUGAGAACUUCUAAUUCAGACAAAAGAGAGAAGUCAGUGUGAAGUUCUUCUUAAGGUUGUCUCCUCUUGGCAAAGGUUCUUUUUAUUGUCCUGAGUCAUGUUCAUGGGCACCAUCCUACUUUGUGUACAUGUCCAAGGCUCAGCGGAGUUGGGGAGGAACAGUGGCACUGAGAACGCCUCUCUUCCUCUCUUGCCAUCCAUAAGGGGUGCCUAAGCGAGGGCCUGAGACAAGGCUUCCACCCUGCCCACCAGCCUUCACCUCACCGAAGCCCCUCACCACCGCCCCCUCU